AAAGAUUUACUCCUUCAACUACAGCAACACUUCAAACAAAGAUCAACAAACUGACCAGCACUGCUCACCUGCGCACACGAGCCAGUCUGCGCGCGCUGCUGGAGUUUCUCACUAAAGAGGCUGCAGAAAACAGAAAAAAACAUGCCGGUGGCAGUUCUACCAUUCUUAGGCUCAAUCUCCGUGUCGGAGAGCCUGGUCGCCAUGGUGAUAGUCUGCGCGGUGUACCUCCUCCUGCGUCUGACCCGGACCAGGAUCCCUGAGGGUCUUCAGCCGCUCCCAGGCCCCCAGUCCCUCCCCAUUAUCGGGAACGUGCUGGAGCUGGGCCGGAACCCUCACCUCAGCCUGAGCGCCAUGAGCAAGCGCUACGGCCCAGUUUUCCAGAUCAGGAUCGGCACGCGCCCCGUGCUGGUGCUGAGCGGCAGCGAGGCGGUGCGGCAGGCGCUCAUCAAGCAGGGAGAGGAGUUCGCUGGACGACCCGACCUGUACAAUUUACGAAUCGUCAAUGAUGGUAAAAGCCUGGCCUUCAGCACAGACCAAGCCGGAGUGUGGCGCAUUCGCCGUAAGCUGGCCCUCAACGCCCUGCGCACUUUCGCCACUGUGGCUGGCCAAAGCCCAGAGUAUGCCUGCGCCCUUGAGGAGCACGUCAGCAAAGAGGGGCUGUACCUGGUGGAGAGGCUGUGCAAGGUGACGGAGGCUAAUGGUGGCUUUGACCCCUUCCGCCAAAUCGUGGUAUCUGUGGUCAACAUCAUCUGCGGCAUGUGCUUUGGCCAUCGCUACAGCCACGACCACCAGGAGCUGCUGAGCCUGGUCAACAUGAGCGACGAGUUCAGCCAGGUUGCAGGCAGUGGUAACCCGGCUGACUUCAUCCCCUUCCUCCGCUUCCUGCCCAGCAAGACCAUGAACAAGUUUGUGGACAUCAACAGGCGCUUCAAUGCAUUUGUGCAGAGGAUCGUCAGACAGCACUACGAUACCUACGAUAAGAACAACAUUCGUGACAUCACGGACUCCCUCAUCAAUCACUGUGAAGACAGGAAGUUGGAUGAGAACUCUAACGUGCAGGUGUCUGAUGAGAAGAUUGUGUCCAUAGUGAAUGACCUCUUUGGGGCUGGCUUCGACACCGUCAGCACUGCUCUGUCUUGGUCUGUUGUGUAUCUGGUGGCUUAUCCGGAGAUUCAGGAGAGGCUCUACCAAGAGCUGAAGGAGAAGGUCGGAACAGAUCGCACACCUCGUCUGUCGGACAAAACCAGCCUGCCGCACCUCGAGUCUUUCAUUCUGGAGACCUUCCGUCACUCCUCCUUCCUCCCUUUCACCAUCCCACACUGCACCACGAAAGACACAUCGCUGAACGGAUACUUCAUUCCUAAAGACACAUGUGUGUUCAUUAACCAGUGGCAAAUAAACCACAACCCAGAGGAGUGGAAGGAGCCCUCCUUGUUCAACCCAAACCGCUUCCUGAGUGCCGACGGCUCCGAGCUCAACAAGGCCGAAGCUGAGAAGGUCAUGGUGUUCGGCCUGGGUAAACGGCGCUGCAUCGGCGAAGCCAUCGGCCGCUCCGAAGUCUUUCUCUUCCUCGCCAUCCUCAUCCAGAGGUUAAAGUUCAGCAGCCUGCCAGGUGAAAUGCCAGACAUGACCCCCGAGUACGGCCUCACCAUGAAGCACAAGCGCUGCAUGUUGCGCACCACCCUGCGGCCGGGCUUCGAGAUGUCCAGCUCGGAGAAACUGCAGUGAGCCGUAGGCCGCGUAGUUCAGGGAAGCUGACGAGAGUCGCUUCUGUUACUGUGGAGAGAAUUUAAUCCAGUUUAAUGUGAUGUUUGCUGUUAAAUGGUUCAUUGUGGUAAAACUUACCGAAAUUCUUUAUAACGGAGGUGAUAGGAACCAGAAAUUGCACAUUUUAUUUACUUUACAAAAUGACCAGUGAAGCUGCAUGUGUGAGUUUUAUAUGUAAUAUUGAUAAUCGUAAUAAAUUAUGACAGAUAAUAGAGGUUAUGUAAUACAACAGAGGGCAAUUCAUAGAUAGAGGUUCUUUUUGGGGACUAUUUUGCCUGUGUGUAUUUUGCCUCCUCUAUGAAUGGACUGAAAAUAAGUAUGUUUUAGGCCAAAACAUUUUCGAUCAUAAAUUAAUAAAAGCCUCACUCUAGUCUAAAUGGGAACAUAAUGGUAAAAUACCAUUGGCAUUGCAGUUUAGUCCAAGACUAAGGCUCAAAACUCAACUGGCCCCAUGUCAAUGCUAGAGAUGUAUUGCCUCAAAUGGAUCAUAACUAUUUGUUGUUGUAUCUCAGGUCUCGCGGCUAUGAAAUAUAAAGAAAGGUAUCUUUAGCUUAUUUCAUCAUAUAUAUACACCAGUCCUCUAGUCCUUCAUCAAUGGUCACAGGACGCUGCCCACAGGAAGCUGUUGGCUGGAUAUUUUUGGUUGGUGGACUAUUCUCAGUCCAGCAGUGACACUGAGGUGUUUAAAAACUCCAGCAGCACUGCUGUGUCUGAUCCACUCAGACCAGCGCAACAUACACUAUACCCAAAUAGUACCUGCUCUGUGAGGGUCCAUGGGGGUCCUGACCACUGAAGAACAGGGUAAAAACUUUUCCUCACUAAACAAGUCUAUUCUGAACAAAUUAUUCAUCAUGGAAUACUGCAAAACAGUAGUGAUACAGGAGUAAAACACACUGUGCCUUUUCUCGUAAAAAUAUUCAUCAUAUUUUUGUGCUUUUAUCAUAUAUAUUGACUUUUGAUUGAUAUUGACUUUGAUCUUGCUAUUAUUUUUCUUUGAUUUUCUUUAUAUGGCGGUUAGAAUCUGUAAAAUGAAAAACACUGAAGUAAUUUUGCAAUAUUUAAGCUCUAUCCCAAAAUGUGAUCCAUGUGCUGGUAUUACUGACUAGCAGACUUAAUACACGCCUCAGCAUAUGUUUUAUGUGUUUUAUGUGUUAUAAUCAUGUCAUGUCUGUUUUUUGCAUAUGAUUAAGGAAGAGAUAUUAACUUUCGGUCUAACUUUGGACAAGAAAAACAAGCUGUUGUUGCAUAAUGAUGGUAAUUAUUGUGCUCUGUAAGUGAUCUUUGGCAUAUUUGUAAAAUAAAAGUAUGAGAGAAACAC